AUGGCUCAGACGGAUGUGCUCCUGACCAAGCAGCCGGCCCCGCAGACAAUACCGGCCUGCGAGCUGCCCCUCAAGCUGUACGAUGUGGCCCGAAACACAGGUGCCUACACGUCCUCAGGCCUGGCCACUGCCGGCUUCCGCACAGCCAAGUAUCUGGUAGAUGAAUGGUUCCAGAACUGCUAUGCCAGCUACUACCAGGCCUUUGCCGACCGCGACCAGUCGGAGCGGCAGCGCCAUGAGAGCAGGCAGCUGGCUGCCGAGACAGAGGCGCUGGCGCAGCGAACGCAGGCAGACUCUACCCGGAAGGUGGGCGAGCGCCUGCAGGACAUACACUGCUGGAAGUCAGAGCUGCAGCGCGAGGUGGGGGAGCUGGUUGCAGAGACUGAGCUGCUGCUGGCCCAGAAGCAGCGGCUGGAACGCGCCCUGGAUGCCACCGCUGUGCCCUUCUCCAUCGCCACCGACAACCUGCAGUGCCGCGAGCGCCGCCAGCACCCUGACCUCGUUAGCGACUUUGUGGAGAAGGAGCUGCUGAAGGAGGCUGAGCUCAUCCGGAACAUCCAGGAACUGCUGAAAAGGACCAUCAUGCAGGCUGUGAACCAGAUUCGGCUGAACCGGGAGCACAAGCACGUGUGUGAGAUGGACUGGUCUGACAAGGUGGAGGCCUACAACAUUGAUGAGACCUGCGCUGGGUACCACAACCAGAGCACGGAGGUGCAGUUCCACCCGCACUCCACUAAGUUUGAGGAGAGCGCCUCCACGCCCGAGACAUGGGCCAAAUUCACACAAGAAAACUUGGUCCGCGCCGAGCGCGAGCGCCUGGCCUCCUGCAACCUGCGGGAGCUCAUUGACUGCAUCCUGCGGGACACUGCCGAGGACCUGCGACUGCAGUGCGACGCGGUGAACCUGGCCUUUGGGCGCCGCUUGGAGGAGCUGGAGGACGCACGCCACAAGCUAGAGCAUCACCUGCACAAGACGCUUCGAGAGAUAACAGACCAGGAGCACAACAUGGCCGAGUUGAAGCAGGCCAUCAAGGAAAAGGAGGUGCCACUGAAGGUGGCUGAGACUCGCCUGUACCAGCGCUCGCACCGGCCCAACGUGGAGCUGUGCCGGGACACCGCCCAGCUCAGGCUGGUGAGCGAGGUAGAGGAGCUGAACAUGUCCCUUUCAGCACUGAGGGAGAAGCUUCUAGAAGCAGAGCAGUCACUGCGCAACCUGGAGGACACGCGCAUGCGCCUGGAGAAGGACAUCGCCGUCAAAACCAACAGCAUCUUCAUCGACCGCCAGAAGUGCAUGGCCCACCGUGCCCACUACCCCACCGUCCUCCAGCUGGCUGGUUACCAGUGACCCAGGCUGGUGCCACAGAAAGCGGCCCCCUGUCCUCGGCCAGACACAGGCAGGCACCUGCCCCCCACCCCUCAA